GUCAAAGAAAGCCCGCUGCCGUCCGCGCGCGUCUGAACCGCUCUGGGAGAAAGGUUCUUGUUCUUCAGUUAAACUUAGACCUUUAGAGGAACUAAGCAUUAAGAGAAGACCGGGUUAACAAGAUCUGGAUGUACAAGAACAAAAAUACUAAUAUCUCCGACAUCUGAAAAACAGGAAGACUCGUCUGACUGACACUGAUAUCUCAAACUGCUUAUCAGAGAUAAAGCUCUGGGGAGGACUUCUAAUUGGACCCAGGGAAGUUCUACCACAAAUAUUUCUAGGACACAAAUAACAGAUGGGCAAGUAUUUCAAGGUUUUGAGAAAAUCUGUCACUGCACACCAUAUAGUUGAUAACUACCAUUAAGAAAUUAUAACAAGGCAAACUGAAGACUUCAAUAGCAAACCUUCCAGAGUCAAAAUGAACACAGAUAGUGGUGGGUGUGCUCGCAAACGUGCUGCCAUGUCUGUCAAAUUAACAGCGGUGAAGAGAGUUCAGAGUUCUCCAAACCUAUUGACUGCAGGACUUGAUUCCCAUUCACCAGAUUCAGCUUGGAGAUCAUUUAACAGUGGAAGUAGAGAGACACUGAAUGGAGACACUAGCAGCUCCUCUCUUGCAGCAAAAGGCUUUCGAAGUGUCCGGCCAAACCUACAAGAAAAGAAAUCACCAACUCAGGCACCCCCCCCGCCCCCUAGGAAAGAAAGUUUUGGUAGAUCUGGAAUAACUAAUCUGAAGAAGAGUGGAAGUAACUCCUAUUCCAUAACAACCAACCAAACUAAGACAUAUCCUGAUGCUGCCUACUCUACUAACAAGGAGUUUCUUCAGAGGACAAUUUAUUCUAAAAAGUCUAACACAAGAAUGUCUUGCACACAAAAAAGCACAAAACCACUGGCCUCGGUUUCUAGCACAAAAACAAUAGCUGGCAUUAGAACUAUUGUUCAUCAAGGCCACAAACCGUCUCCAAAGCGUAGAGUUUCUACCCUGAAAUUAACUCAGGCACAGAAUGCAUCUAGUAGUGUUCCUUGUCGUACACAGCAAAAGCCUGAGUCUGUUGGUGCCUCAGCAGCUCCACGGAGGCCUGCCUCACCUGUCUGUAACCCCGUGCCUGAGAUACACAAAGCAUCUCUCUCCAUUCAGAUAGCUCCCAUCCCUGAUUGUAAAGCAGCGCCUGAAUGCCAACAUCAUCCAUCCAGAUUUUCUCCAGAAACUUCAAAGAUGCCACCAGAAAAUAUGCAGCAAAUGUCUGAUCCUCCGCCUGCACAAUGCCAUGUGCUUGGAAACCAGAAAGUGACUGCCAAUGUGAUGGAGGCUCAGAUAACAGUGAAUGGGAAUUCUAGCUUGGCAACCAGCCCAAUGAGUUACUUUCAGAGACCUUUCUCCCCUUCUUUGGCGUACUCUCCACCAGUCUCAUUCAGUUCAAGCACCUCUCUCCUGCAACAGAGCAGGACAAUGGAAUCCACAGAGACGUACUCACAGCAUGCACACUCUGCUGGUGGUGGUGACAGCAGCAGCAGCAUGACCACCGCCACCACCAUACCGAUCUGUAGGACUUCAGAGGAAGAGAAGAAAGUCACAGUCAUUAAAGCACCACAUUAUGCAGGAAUUGGGCCAGUCGAUGAAUCAGGAAUUCCAACAGCAAUUAGAACGACUGUUGACAGGCCAAAGGAUUGGUAUAAGACAAUGUUCAAGCAAAUCCAUAUGGUUCAUAAGCCUGAUGAUGACACUGACAUGUAUAAUACUUCAUAUGCAUAUAAUACUGGUAACUUCAGUCCAUCACUUUCUACUCAAGCACACCCUGUUGCAAAGACUCAGACAUACAGACCACUGAGAAAAAGUACUUCUGACAAUGGCACUGAGGCCUUUAAGGUCUCUUCACCUCCACCACCUCCAGUACCACCAGUUCGUCCUUGGCAAAGAUCUGCCCCAGAAAAAAACGAGUGGGAGCCUCCUGAUAGAAAAGUAGAUACCCGCAAAUUUCGUUCAGAACCAAGAAGCAUUUUUGAAUAUGAGCCAGGAAAGUCUUCAAUCCUUGAACAUGAAAGACCAACUGAUCGCAUAAAUCCAGAUGACAUAGAUUUAGAAAAUGAACCCUGGUAUAAAUUCUUUUCAGAACUGGAGUUUGGACGUCCGCCUCCUAAAAAGCUUUUGGAUUAUGUUCAAGACAAUCCUCCAGGUCUUUCCAAAGAGACCUCUUUAUAUUACGGUCCAACAGACAGAGGCAUGGACAGACCUUCUAGUUCUGCAAGUACUGCAAGUGAUUACAGAAAAAGAAGGAAGUCAGAGCCUGCGGUAACUCAUCAGAAAGUCCACACAGAUCAGAAUGCAAAUCGUUCCACUCUUGGUCGUACAGAUACACAGAGCACCUAUUCAACACUUCGGAAGCCUGUUACAACCUCUUCUCCAUCUUCUCCGUCAAGAGCAAAAGUAGACCAGGAAUCUCCUGGAAACUAUUCUGCUUUCACUGAUGUGAAUCGAUGUAUUCCAAAGGAAAGAAGAGGAACUCCAGACAGAGAGAGACUGCCAGCUAGAGCAGUAUAUGAUUUUAAGGCUCAGACCUCUAAAGAGCUGCCCUUUAAGAAAGGAGACACUGUCUAUAUCCUCAGGAAAGUGGAUCAGAACUGGUAUGAGGGCGAACACUACGGAAGAGUGGGGAUCUUUCCUAUUUCUUACGUUGAGAAACUUAUUCCCCCAGAAAAAGCACAGCCAGCAAGACCACCACCCCCAGCACAUGUUGCCGAAAUUGGAGAAGCAACUGCAAAAUAUAAUUUCAAUGCAGACACAAAUGUGGAACUUUCACUGAGAAAGGGAGACAAAGUCAUUCUUCUUAGACGGGUUGAUCAAAACUGGUAUGAAGGCAAACUACCAGGAACAAAUAAGCAAGGAAUCUUCCCAGUGUCCUAUGUAGAAGUCAAAAAGAGUGUGGCCAGAGGAGAAGACGAUUAUCCUGUUCCUCCAAUACCCCAGAGUUACUCAAGUGACAGAAUCCACCAUUUAAGUUCAACUAAGUGGGAUACCAAAGCACCACCCCCUCCUCCCAGAUACAGAUCCUCUUCUUAUCCAGAUUCUAAUAAAAGAAAUCUUCAGGCCAUCACUGAUGAAUGGUUGUCACUGACUCUUGGCUUUUCAUCUUCAAGCACACCUUCCCCUCCUCCUCCUCCUCCUCCUCCUCCUCCUUUUCCUAAAAGCUUUCUUUCUGAUUUAGAGGACCUUGGCUCUCUGCCUUUAACAGGUUUGGAGAGGACAGUAGGCCUCUCAGAUGAUGUCACUCCUCAAAUAAAGCAUGGUGACAUUGUUCCAGUUACCUCGCCAGAGGCCUCCCAUUCCUCCCCUGACUCUUCACCUCAGCCAUUUUCUUCAUCUACAUGUAUAUCGCCUCCUCCAGCAACUCGUUUUCAUGACCAAGCGCAUAAGCUUGAGUGGAACCAUUUCAAAGGGAUGAAAGAAAUUCCCACCAUCAAGGAAAAGAAAUGCUCCUCAAAUCCCUUUCCAGAAGUGCAAAAAAUAGCAGGCCAUGCUCUUGCCCCCUCCCAAGAAGACCUAUUAUCCAAAACACUGAGAGAGGUUGGCAAACAGGAGGAACUCUGUGAGGAGCUGCUAUCAAUAAUCCGAGAGGAACAGUCAAAAAGGAAAGAUUUAGGUUUCUACAGACGUGCCCCUGAUGUGACUGAAGAAUUGGCAAGACUUCACAUAGAGGAAGAGCCAGACCUUGACAAUUUAGAGUCACCAGUGGCAAAUAAGAGAGAGCCUAGGAUAACUUUUGAAGGCAACGGUUCAGCAGUUACUAAAAAAGAGCCAGCAUCACUUUCCCAUGAGAUGCAAGCACCUUCCACCUCUCCUUCCUGCCUUGCUUCUAGUUCUCCAUUUCAUUCAGCCAAAGCAUCUUUUCCUGAAUCUGUUUCUGCAUUUUCCAAGGCCACUGCUACCCAUUCACCCCCUCUCCUUUCCAAACUGUCAUACAGACAAGAGAAACAUUCAUCCAAGUUAAAGCCACAGCGCCCUGUGUUUGCUCAUGAAAAUAUACACAGUGGGGGGGAACCGUUUCAGGUUCUGUAUAACUAUACUCCUAGGAACGAAGAUGAAUUGGAGCUGAGAGAGGGAGAUGUCAUUGAUGUGAUGGAAAAGUGUGAUGAUGGAUGGUUUGUGGGAACCUCCAGAAGAACAAAAUUUUUUGGUACUUUCCCUGGAAACUAUGUCAAGAGGCUGUGAAAUGAUUAUUUGUUUUUGUUCCUUUCUUAUUUAUGCUGCAUCUCUGCCACACAUCUGCAUAAAAACUGCUAGAAAACAUCCUCCACCAGCCUUCAGUUUUCCUGCUUUGCAAUUCCAGGUAGACGUCACCUAGCUCACAUUCACCAUCUUCAUCUCCAUCUGCCAGCCAGCAGUAUUAUUCGACAGCUAUAAUGGAAUCCCUGAGCUUUUGUGAAACAAGAGGAAUUAGUUCUAUGCGAAAUAUGUCUUUUUAUGCCUUCGAUUGUUGUCUGCCAAUGCCAAUUUGGAAAGCGCAUAUAAAAAAUGCUUCAUGGAAGAAAUAGCAUGGCACUUCAAAAUGUUACCAGUUAUUUGGGGAAAAUUGCAAUAGUAUCCUUGCGGGGAAAAAAAAAAUUAUCUACUCUCACCUAAUAUAUAGAACGGAUUGCGAUUUACUACAUUUUAAUGGGUUUUCUUUUUUUGAGUUCUCACAUUUUUAGCUCAGCAAAUGUAUCUUGCUGUCAGUUUGCUGUGUCACAAGUUUGCCUCUUUUUUUACCAAUUUGCAAGAUACCAUAAGUACUAAAAAUAGGUUGUUUCCAAAUAUAUGUUGCAACAUCUGCAGAAUGCCUGUAAAUUUUUAAGCAGAAAUAAUCCAAAGGAGAAUUGGUACUAGAAUACUUCAUAAGCCAUGAUUUCCAGUUGCAUCUCAUAAGAUCUUUUAUUAGAAUUGGGUCAGUGAGGGUCAUAAAUUGGUUAAAAUCAUUUUUUUUCCAAAUAGUAAGAGCUUUAGACAUGAAUUUAGCAAGUACAGAAGCAUGAGUUAGAUUUCCUGCACCUGCAUGUACGAAUAUAUAAAGUAGAAAAAUUCCCAAUGCAGUGAUGUCUCAAUAGGGAAAAUGUGUCAUAUGCUAUUGAUAUGUGCAAAUACAGGAAACUUGAGUUGGAUGUACUUUCUAUGUUCAUGUAAUUAAUGUCUUAAAUUAAGUGAAGAGAAGUGUGCGCAUGUCUCUACAGGAUGAAGUGGACGAUUCCAGUGCAGUUACAGCAUAUGGAUCUCUCUGCAGGAAAAGAGGGAUAGCUAUGAUAUGUGUAAUUGCAGUAGGCAUGUAUCCUGUAGUUACACGUAUCUAACUCCUGAAGCUCAUGGAAAGGAAAUUAGGUUUGCUACUUGACGUUAGGAAAGCUCAGAAAUACUGGAAAAUCACGAAUCAUUAUGAAGCAAGCUAACCAUGAAUAAAUGUCUGCUAUAUGUAAAAAAAAGUGUUGGACAUGCAAUAGAGUAUGUAAAGUCUAAUUCAUUUAUCACAUGAAAAUUCAGUAACGAAAGAGCAACGUUAAUGUUCUGUUUGAUUGUAGCACAGUCACAGUAGGCAGGAGAAUUGGGGAAAUCUACACCGAGUAUUACGUGAUGCUGAUCUUUUGCUAGUUGACCUGAACUGUGUUUUCUUUCUAGCAACAUAGCAUUAAAACAAAGAAGCAAAAAAGGCACAAACAGGAAAAUUAGUGCAUGUGGAUGGAUUUUCAUUUUUGGAACAGUAUAAAAUAUUGAACGCAAUAUCUUUUUGUGUGUGUGCAAAUUUAGACAUCAGUAGCAGAUGAUGAAAACACAGGAUUUACCAUAUCUAUGAUUUUAUGUAAAGCAGUCCAGAUUUGGUUUUGCUGGCACCUUACCAGCAAAGCAGAAAAUCUUUUACUGCAUUUCUAUUGUGGUAAAGGACAGAUCUCAUAAAUUUGUAGGCUUGUAGCAUUUUGUACAUAUCUUUGCUUUUUUGUACAGAGCCAUUUUAUUGUUGAUUUUUUAAGGAAAAAAAUCAUGUUGUUAAUCAACUCAUCCCUUUUCCACCAAUAAAACAUCGGCUCCUCAUUUUGUUAGUCCCUCCUCCAACAUAUAAGCACACUUGGAUAGUGCAUUUCUGUAAAUUAGCAAUUAAAGCAAAAGUUUUAUGAAUAACAAUAUGGUUUACCAGCCAAAUUUUUAAAGUGUACAUAUGUCUUUAAUAUGGAGAAAUAUCAAUAGGAUGGCAAAAGAAACAUCUUUGUGCUGCAUGUGUUUAUUACUGCAAAUUUCAUGGCAAAAGCUUGAUACUUCCAAGGCUUUUCAUUAUAAGCUAAAUGUGCAUGCAGCUUUGCUGUGAAAUCAGUAAUGAUCUUUGAUGCCAUUUAUGAUGGAAGACUUGUUUGUCACCGGUGGUAUUUUUUAAAAAGCACUGUUUCUAUUCUGUAUCUGAUUUUAAUAGAAGAUGUUUUUCAUACCUGUUUUCAGGUAAUUGACUCUGAAUUCUUACUUGCAAAGGAUCUCUGUGUUUCUUUUUCCUUGAAGAGACUUCUAAUAAAAAUGGCUUGAAGUACAUGA